AUGAGUCAAGCACAAACAGAAGUCAAUAAUAUCGAGCUGGUCGAGAAUCCCCUGUUUACAACCCCGCUUAAAAGAGAUUCCAUCUCAAAUGGUGAUGGUGACCUUGAUUCAACUACAAACCAAGUAGCAAACACUACCUUGGGCAGAGAAUCGCCGUUGAGUGAUAUUACUGCAUCCCCAGUUUCCUUUGAUUUGUCAUUGCGUGAAGCAGAUGGUGAAAUCCAAAGCACUAUUGACAAUAUUGAGAAGUUUUUGGAAGAAAGAGAACCAAUUGAUGAAAACCGUAACAAUACCAACACCAAAAGCAAAGAGGGAAGCGAGGAAGCUGACGAUGCAGUUCAAGAGGUUUUGAAAGAAAUAGAAACAGAGUUUGCAAAGGAGUUAGACCACGACGAUAAAGUACCCAAAGAUUCAAAUAUUACCACUGGGGAUGACGUGAAAAACAGAGACAGCUAUGAAAGUUCGGAGUUGAGUGAUUUAGAUGAAAACCAAUCAGAAGCUGAAACUGAUAAAAUGGAUUUCUUGGAUGAAAUAGGAACAGUGCAAGACGAAGAUGGCUCUAAUGGACAAAGCAAUGGAUUGUCUGACUUGCAAAAUUUAUCCCAAUUAACAGAACUAGCCAGACUAAAGGAUGUGGACUCUGAUUUUGGCGAUGAUGAGGACGAAGACGAACUUAAUAAUCUGAACUUGCAUUCCAAUGGAAAUAAAUUAGCAAUAAACGGUGAAUCUCAUAAGCGAACACUUGAAAUUGACGAUGAACAUGAACAAACCACCAAGAAGCUUAAGGCAGCAACCCCUGUUUCAGAUCUCAAAGACAAGGCACAAGAAGAGGAGCAAAAGGACACACCAACAGUUGAAAUAGUUGAAAACGAUAAAAAGAAAAACAAGUUGGACAAUGAUCAGCAAAAAAUUGAACUCAUUGUCCUUAAAGAUGACCAGGAAAUUAGCGCAGAGGACAAUGGUGCUGAGGCAGAGCCUGAAGAUGAAGGUGAAGACAAUGAUAAUGGCAACAAUACUGAUGCCCCAAAUGCUGAAGAGGUGGCGAAUAGUGAGGCUGUGCAAAAAAACAAAGAAGAUGCAGUCGUUAUUGAAAAUGAGGAACGAGACGAUGUUGAUCUUAAUAAACAAAGAAAUCUAGCUAUUCAAGAGUUGAUCGCGAUAGAGGCGAAAUUUGCAGAAGUUCGAGACAAACUUUUCAAAGACAAAUUGUCACUAUUGGAAAAAGAAUUACAACUAUGUCUUGAUGGCUCACAUCCAGAACUAUCGAAAAUUUAUGGAAAAAUCAAUGAAUUUUAUCAAGAUGGCCUCAGAUUAGCUAAUGCUAACUUGAUGUAUAAAUUAAAAUGUGUCGAUAAAGAGACCAUUGCUACUAGAACUUCAAUACACCAGAACUUCUUAAGGAAUUUGAUGGAUACAAAGAAUGGAAUGAUAACUGAUACGACAUCAUUAUGGUAUAAAAUCAAUAAAGAAAGGAACCAAUUAGAUCAGUUAGUUCCCGAUUUCACAUUUGCAGCUAUUCCUUCGAUACCUAAUGGUUCUAUACUGAUAGAAGAAUCCAUAGUGAAUGGAAACAUUGAUGGUUUGGCAGAACUGUCAGUCUCCAAGAAAUUGCAGAAACAAAAUACGCUAAUAGAGUUGGUAAAACAACGUAACAAUAUCAACGAACAAUUGGGAAUAUUGAAUGGUCUAGUAGAAUUUCAUGGAUUUCCUAGUGCCAUUUCUUCUUCUUUAAGUGAGGAAAUCCUGGAUGAUCAAUCAAAUGAGUUAUUAUUAAAGAAAGCCACUGAUGAAGAAAUCAAUAGCGAUUUGCGUGCCAUGGGUAUUUCCAUAUAG